AUGGGUGCCACAGCAAAACCUACAAACGCAAUAAAGAGUGCAAGUGGUAUUUCCUGUACGAGUCUGAGAUCAUUAUAUAGAGUAUCUCAAGGUUAAUGACAAACGGUCUGCGAUUCAGUGCCUCUAUGAUUCUCUUGAGCCCUCCAGAAACAAAAUAUGGUCUCCCGACCUGGAAGAGGUGAUUAAUAUGUUACUCGAUA